GGCGAGCGGGCGGGCGGGCGGGCGGCGGGGUGGGCGCUCGGGACCUUUGGGCGCUGAGCCAGACCAGCUCGCGUUCCCUCCUCCAGCGCUGCUGCUGGCUGUGCGGACCCGUCCCUAGCCGCUGCCCGGAGACCGGCGCGGUGGGCAUCCUUUGCCGGAAACUUGUUCCGCGAGCGCGACGUGGGCGCCCGGCCCCGCCCGACGGGGCCCUUCCUCCUCCCGGCCCCGACCUCCGCCCUCCACAUCUGGCUGCUGCAUCCGCGCAGCUGGAGUCUGUGCAAGAGCUCCUGCUUCGCAGAGACAGAGGGGAGAGACACCACAAUACCAAAGCUUCUGUGCACUGGUGGCUGAGAGCUUGAAUCUGGGUCAUGUGUUUGGCAAAGUAGGCACUUUCACAGGUAUAAAAUUUUAAAAAAUGAACAGCAAUAUAUAUUUCCAAUGUUCAAAACUUAUUUGGCUAGAACUGAAAUACAGUUGCCUACAGCGUAUUCCAGAGGAAUCGUUAAAGUCAAAGUAAUGGAUAACAGAAAAGAGCCUCCAUUCUUCAAUGAAGAUAACGUGGGACCAUUGUACUACAAAUUUCCUCUCUGUGACACCAUGGAGCUCUUCAUCGAAACAUUGACUGGAACAUGUUUUGAACUGAGAGUUUCACCUUUUGAAGCUGUUAUUUCUGUGAAAGCAAAAAUUCAGAGAUUGGAAGGUAUUCCCAUCUGUCAGCAGCACUUAAUCUGGAAUAACAUGGAACUUGAAGAUGAUUAUUGCUUGAAUGAUUACAACAUUUCAGAGGGUUGUACCUUGAAGCUGGUAUUGGCUAUGCGUGGAGGACCGAUAAAUACUAGAAGAGUUCCUGUGGAAGAUCCAUUUAGGGAGAUGGCUGAGUACAUGGACUCGAGUCGAGAUGAGGUCUGGGAGAAAACCUCCUGCAACAAACAAGUUACAUUUUUGGUAUACCGAGAAGGAGAUCAAUUGAAUUUCUUUCGUGUAGUAGAUAGGGGUGAUGGCACUUUAACACCACUAUCUGAAUCGUUAAGUGGUGGUUCUGUGUAUAAUUUAUACACUGAUGAGGAUGAAGAAGUUGAGCCUUCUCCUUCUGGGCACCAGAUAAUUGAAAAUUCAAUAACUAUGAAUAAGAUGAAGCUUCUGAAGGCAAAGAUGGAGAAUAUGAAUCUCAGCAAAAAGCCUAAGAAAACUGUCAAGGUCAAACCUCGUCCGCCUAUCACUCCUCGACCACCUAGUAGCUCCACAGUAGCUGCACGACACAGGUUGUUAAGGGUUCUCCCCCAUAUUGGGCAGUCUUAUUUAUCUUCUUCUGGGAGCACGUAUUUAUCGGAAACAUCCAGGAGUGCAAUUUCAAGUUUAGCAACCCUCCCCAUGGGUGAUAAGCCCAUUUCAUCUAUCACUAGUGAUUUUCUUAAAGAAGAUGAGAACUGGAAGAGUAAUACACUGUCUCAUUCCAAUAGUGUUAUCAGACUACCAUAUCAGAUACCCUAUUUGGAUUUGGAAAAUGAUGAGGUGCUUGCUGAGCUUGGAUCAUCUCUGUCUAGGCAGACAAAACACUGUUCAGAGAAUUUAUCAUCUAGUAUCAAGAAUGACACUCUUUUACUUCCAAGUUCCAAUGAGUAUGCAACUGAAGAAUCACUUCUACCUGAAGUGGGUUCAUUUGCUUCAUUUACAGAAGAAAACACCGAUGAACAGAACAGUGAUUUAGAAAGUGCACCGAAUGUUAAUCCUGAGUUCUUACUUAAUAAUGGUGAUAACGGGUUGAGAACUUCCGAACAACAUUUCAAACAUGUUGCCAAAGUACUGAGUGGUGAAUCGGUAGAGACUGCAGCUUUAAACCAUCGUGAACAAAGUCCUCAGAAGAAUAGACGCUUGUCACCUCUUCGUUGUUCUGCACCAAUGUCACUACACAAUUCUUUAGUGAGACAGCAGAGACAAUCGAAAUGUUUAGAGUCUGGGAUCCGCCAGUCUUCUGCUUCACAAAAUGUUCUUAGGUCAAUGGAUGUUAGAAAUAUAACAGAUUCUUCUUUUUCUAGGACUACUCGCUUUAGAGCUGUUAAAGUUGAUUCACCCGGGAAAAAGUCUGAUAUUAUUUCUAAAGUUGAGGCUCGGGAUAUUACAGAAAUGGCUAAUAAGGCUUCCAAAGAGCCUGUUGGUUGUGUAAAUAAUAUAGGUUUUCUUGCGUCACUGGCCCGGAGUGCAAGCAGAGACAGUUCGCAGAGCACACGUGGGACAAGCAGGCAUCGGACCUCUGGAAUUGGUCUAUCUGUAAACCUGCAGCAUUAUCAGGAAGAAAGCCUUAGGAAUAGUUCUCCCCCAUUAGAAUCCACAGAUAUUUUUCUAGCUGCUCAUGGUAUUGCAAUGAAUGGAAAUAGCACAGCAGCAGUGAAAAGAGUAGGGGAAUGUACUCAUCACCUUCCACCUGUGAAAGCCCCAAUUCAAACAAAGAAGAAAACAACAAAGCAUUGUUUCCUUUGCGGAAAGAAAACUGGACUGGCUACUAGCUAUGAAUGCAGAUGUGGAAAUAACUUCUGUGCAUCUCAUCGCUAUGCAGAAACUCACGGCUGCACCUAUGACUAUAAGAGUGCAGGGAGAAGAUACUUACAGGAGGCAAAUCCUGUGGUUAAUGCACCAAAGCUUCCAAAAAUCUAGCUCAUGCUCUGCAUGGAACUGUUCUCCUCAAGGAAUCUCACUGCAGUGACAGAAGAAAUAUUGUUUAGACUGCAUUAUUUUUGUUCAACUCCAAAAGUUUUGCCAAAUAAGAAACGCAAAUAAUGCAUACUGUUGGAGAAUGAGAAUGCUGCUGUAUUCGACAUCUUUAUUCUUUUGGUGAACCAAAAGUUUUUAAAAUAGUUUUAAAACUUUUACACUAUAAUGAUUUAACUUUGUUAUUUCAUGUCUUGUGUUAAGUAUUUUAUAUUUAACAUUCUAGUUUACUAAAUAAGGCUUCAAAAGAUGCACUUUAGGAAGUUAACAUAUACUAUGUAACUAGCUUCCACAUUGUACAGAAAUCAUUCAUCGUGUAAUGCCUGUAAUCUACCAAUUUUUUUUUCUAUGUGUAAAGGUGAGAUGGGUAUAGAUUUUUUUUAAAAUCCCAUGUGUGAAAGUUUAUUGAUCUUAUUAGCGAUUUCCUUUUUAUCUCAAACCAAUUAUAUAUUUAAAAGAACAUUUGGUUUCCCACUGUGGGUUUAAUGCAAAUAUUUCUUCUAUAUUGAGAUUGGCAUUCAGAUAUGUAUCCAUUCUACAAAAACACAUCAUGUUAAUCAUAGUGUCUAUUUCUCAGAGUACUACUUUUAAAUGGUAGUCUUAAAGUGAAAAAUACCCGCCCCACUUGUUGCCAUUAAAUACAGAAUCCUCUUUUUUUUUUUUAAUUUACCUUUUGAAAAAUAGCUGUAUUUUUAAAUCUCACCACCUGGUUUAUUCUUCUUAUGUGUUGAAUGCUAUUUCCAGGAGAAAUUCAAAUAAAUAUUUAAUUUUA